AUGCUAUUAAACUCGGCCUUAAGUAGCGGUUAUGUAGAAGUUGUUAAGAUGCUACUAGAGAAGGGAGCCGAUAUUAUAACGGCAAAUAAUUACAGGGUAAUACCACUAAACGCAGCCUCAAGUGGCAGUCAUGUAGAAGUCGUAAAGAUACUGCUAGAGAAGGGAGCUAAUGUUAUAAUAGCAAACAAUAAUGGCUAG